AUGGCUCCAGCUCUCAGCUUCCAUGGACACCAGUGGACUUACAACCCUGUCCGAGGGCCCUGCCUGGUCCUGCUGCUGGUCCUAUCAAAUCUGCUCCUGUGCCAAGGCAACGUAUGCCCGUCCUGCGGUCCUGACAUCUUUGGCAUCCCCCUGAAGUUCCUUAGACAAACGUUUAGCCGUGUCUCCAGCCUGUCCCAUGACAUGGGUAACCUUACCACAAUAAUGUUAAAUCAGUUUGAAGAAAAGUAUCCCCAGAGUAAAUUGGAGUAUAUCAAUACCAUCAAUGACUGCCACACCAGUUGCCUCCAUGCUCCUGAAGAAAGAGAAAUGGCCGAAGAGAUGAAUAAUGAAGACCUUACUAAGUGGAUACUCAUGUUACAGUACCUCUGGACUACUCCUCUGUUUGAUCUAGGCACUGACCAUCGGAUUAAGAAAGACCUCUCAGAUACUAUCAUAUCAAGUGCCUUAAAGAAUAUUAAAAAAUCACACAGACUUCAAAGAAUCUUAGAGAGGCGAUUCAGCCAGAUUAUUGUUCCAGUGAGGCGGAUAUUGUCCGAGGUACGCAUGUACUGGUCAGGAUACGGAUCCCUGGUGUCCAGGGAUGAAGAUGUACGUCAUUCUGCACUUUAUAACCUGUUCAAGUGCCUGCGCAGGGAUUCACGUAAAGUUGACAUGUACAGCAAGAUCCUGGCGUGCCGAAUCAGCGAUGAGUGCUAA